AUGAAGAGAAAACGGCUUAGCAGUAGCCCCCUGGCGGGACUCGACAGCAGUCCUCCGGUCCGCGUUACCAUCGAUCACUGCUCCUUUCCUCACAUCAUCGACGUCAUCUUCGCUUCUCUGUCGUACCCCGGCCUGAUCAGGUGCGCACAGGUUUGCAAAGAAUGGAGAGAAAAGGCGCGGCCUUUGCUUUUCAAGCACGUUGCCAUAUACGAGGACACCAGCCGCAACUCCACCGUUAUCCGAAGCCGAGACGUUGCAUGGUCCAACGAGUCCAUCAUCCUGGCCACUGCUCCCUCCACGAAGACAAACGCUCUUUCCCUGGUUGCCAAGUCCAAGAUCGUCGACAGUCAUUACAAGGGGUUCGAAAACGGCACGUUUCUGAGGUUCGUUCCCGGCUGGCCAGCGGCUUUCCACCGUCUCCUGAACUCCGACAGCACAGAGGACAACUCUCACUUGCGACGCAGAUCGGACAGCUUGAGCGGUGGGCUGGGAUGGACGGAUGUCGUGCACUUCGUCGACUACUCGGAUGGAAACUUCAUCUUUGCCACCGACAGCGCCCGCAGCCCGACUACCCUCACUCUGAGUGUCAACUGCUACAGCAACCCGACCAGCCCUUCGCAUGCCAUCACCUCUGCGUACCCUUUCGCCUUCGAUGAGCUCCGCUUCGACUCAUCCAAUGUCACCACCUACGCCAUUCUUCUCAACGACUGCAUGGACCAGGAACAUUCCUCUGUUGGGGAAGUUUCGGGCGCCGGUAUGUCCUUCGCCGCAGCGCAAGGGGAGAUCAGCAUUGUGGAGUGUCAAAACCCAAGGCUGGGAGCUGUGUGUGAGCUGCUAUCUGCGAUUGUGGACUGUGCUAGCAUCGAGAGCAUUGCCGUGGUUGGUUUGGAUGCCUUCGUUGACGCUGAGAGUCUCGUUGCGCAUGUGCGGGGAGUCUGCAAGAGCGUGAGGCCAUUCAGCGGUGACCCUGGUGCUGAAGACGGCGUUCUGUGUCUUGAUAGGUUUCUAAGGUUCUACAGUCACGACCAAUAUUGCGGGCUGAUUGGAGAGGAGCGCUACCGUCUUCUGACGGUUCGAUAA